CUUCCUUCAUUAUCACCCAGGGAACGCGCAAAUAUGUCAUCUCGUCGGUCUAGACCGGCUCCAGCGCCAAGAAAACCAUACUCUGAUGAUCAAAAUCACAUAUAUGAAUGUAAAGCGGCUUACUUAGUGAUUACUGAUGACAUUGAUGAUAAUUUACGUUCUAGAAAAGAGUUAAUUCAAGCUUUGCAACAGAGUGGCAGGAAUUUAACUCGUAGAGCAUUGGAUAAAUACUGGAAACAUGAUACAAGCUCAAUUUCUUUUGAAGAGUUCUGUAAAAUUUGUAAGAAUGAAAAGCAAACUAAAGAAGAUGAUCUUAUUAAAGCUUUUAAAAAGAUUGAUAUAAAUGGCGAUGGUUUUAUUACAAAUGAUGAAUUGUAUCGUGUAAUGACAACUAGAGGAGAAAGAAUGACUAGGGAUGAAGUUCAAGAAAUUAUUGAUGACGUUGACACUAAUAGAGAUGGAAAAUUAAAUUAUGAAGAAUUUUCGCAUAUGAUUUUGAAAACUCAACAAGAAUCGAUUGAAUUUGCUAAAGCUCGAUUAAACAAGAAGGAAAAACGAUCAAAAUCAUCAUUAUCUUAUUCUUCGAAAAGAGACAAAGAAGAUAAUGACAAGGAUUUAUACUUAUCAGCAGAUGAGACAAAAUCUGAUGAUUCUAUGAGAGUAUCUAGUGACAAUGAAAAGCGUCCAGCCAGAAAAUUCCAGAGUAGAAACAGCGCAGCAGCCGCUAAUGAUAGUAGUGAUCUUGAUGUCGAUGAUGACGAUGACGAUGAUGAUGAAGACGAUGAUGGUGAUGAUAUCGUUAUCGCCGGUUCAUCAAGUAAAUCAACAAGACACCGAUCAGACAGACGUGAAAGCUCAGGUGAUAGAAAGGAUUAUGGAGUGGUGAAAUUUUCGUCGUCGUUGAAAACUCCAACUUUAAGCAAACCAAAAGGCUCUCAAGAAUUGGAGAGAAGGGGUUGGUACGGUUGUAAUAGAAAAGGUCUUUUCUUUGCUGAAACUAAUGAUGUUACAACGAAUCAUACUUAUACGUUUAAAACAAGGGAAACAACAAAAGUGUUCAUAGCUUUAAAGUCAUCCCUUAAUUGGAAAGAUAUUAUUGAUACCAUGCUAUUUAUUUUUGACGAUAGAAAUCACAUAGUGGCCUGUUCUGACGAACAUGACGAACUUGGCAGAAUUAUUCUGUCAGCAUCCCUAAAGCCAGGAGUGUAUACAGUUGUUCCGCAUACUUUUGGUUACAAAUUUUCAAAAGCUGAGAGGAAACAAACAAGAAGAUCAAGUAGACAAGUUGAUCUUGUUAAAUUAGAACGAAAUGCUUAUAGAAUUACUGAUGAAUUUAAAACUGCGCUAAGCAAGAUAUUCGAAAUGAAUGAUUUGGAUAGCAAUGGAAAAAUGAGUAAAGAUGAAUUUUUUGUGUAUAAUAUACGCACUUCCGGUGAUAUAUGUAGAGAGGAGGAAUGGAAGGUUGUAGAGGAUAAUGUAACAAUGGAAGAGAAUGAAAUAACAAGAAAAGGUUUCUUUGAAUUAAAUCAAAUGGAAGCAGAUGAAUGUGAAGGAGAUACCGAUGAUCUCUGGGUAACAUUAAAUUCUAUGGGCUUUAAUAAACAAUUGGAAUUAACUAAGGCUCAUCCAUUUGUUCUUCAUGUGUAUCAAGAUAACAAUAAACCAACUCUAACAAUAAAUCAUUUCGAAGAUAAAAAGAGUGUAAAUGUUGGAAUGGACCCUGUGAUUUUUGAUAAGGCCCUGAGCAGCUACAUUAGAAGCAAAGGUCAAAGGAAGUCUUUGGAUGAUAUCACAAUCUAUGUCAUGGAGAAGGAAUUUAAUGUUCUUGUUGUAGCAAUUAAUGAGGGAAGAAAGAAAAAGUUAAACCUUGACUUUAACAAAAGUCUCAAUUUGGCAGCAAUAGAAGAAGACUUAAACUUUUCAUUAGAAUUAUCAAACGGAGAACAGAAGAUUAUCGACCUGUUUGUCGAAAAUGAAAGGAGAAAAUGGGAAUUUCAUCUAUCGGCGGAAUAG